AUGCGCACGCAGCAGCAGCCUGCCGUCAGCCAGCACCAGCCAGAGCAGCCGAAGCAGCAUCGCCCACAGCGGCUCAAGCAUGAGCCCAAUUCAAAGCGCGAGCAGCUACAGCACGAGCAGCCGCAGAACGAGCAGCAGCAGGAGCGGCAGCGGCAGCACCCUGCUGGUGUGUCGGACGAGGCCGCCGCAUCAACGGGAGUGCCUGCGCUGCUGCUGGGCGACUGCUUCGUCACAGUCAACCCCGCCAUGGGGCUCCUCAACAUGGCGAACGAGAGCCGCGCGCCGCGGGACAGGACGCGGCGGCGGCGCGCCUACCAGCAGCAGCAGCAGCAGCAGCCGCAAGAGGGUGAGGCGGAGGCGGGUGGCCCCCAAUGGGACAUCGACCCCGCCGUCCAGGCGCGCCUGCUGCUGGCGACGCCGUCCCAGGACGGCCGCCGCCUGUUCUUCGUGUCGCGCGACGCGGCCGAGCACAUGCGGCGCGCGGUGGUGCUGCGGCGGUACAACGAGCUGCUUGAGGCGCGGCGCCAGCGCGAGCGGGGCGCGGCAGCUGAAGAGGCGCGGCUGAGAGCGCUGGGCGGCAAGCAGGGCGGCCCCAACGACGGCGGCGGCGGCGGUGGGGCCGGCGCUGCCCUGCCCGCGCACCAGGCGCCGGCGCAUGCAAUGCGCGAGACGUGGCGGCGGACGGAGGCCAGCGGCGGGUGGCGGUGGCCGUGGCAGCCGGCGGCGCAGGCCGCGCAUGGCAGUCAGGAGCAGGGCCGGGCCGGGCAGAAGCCCGGCGCCGGCAGCGACACCAGUGGCAGCAGUGGGGUGUAUGACCCUCUAGCCCGUUUCUUGGCUGAUUCAGAGGGCAGCAAGCCUGCAGCAGCCCCUGGCCAGCAACAGCAGCAGCCCGCCAUGCCAAAGAGCAGCAGCAUCGCCAGCGACGGCCCCAACGAGGGCGUCGGCGCGGGCGGCGGGCCCGCAGUUCACUCGUGGCGGCAGCUUCUGGAUAGUGUCACCACAAAUCUGCAGCAGCUGGAGGAGGAAUCCAUCAUGCAGGAGGGCGCGGCGAUCGCCGCCGCCCUGGGCCGCAACCGGCUGCCCAGCGCGCUCCCCGGCCACCGCGCCCGCGGGCCGGCGGGCCCGGGGGCGGCGCAAGAGGAGCAGCAACAGCACCGCGCGGCGGCGGCGGCGGCGGCGAUGAGGAGCUACGUCGCGCGCGUGCCGCUCGACGCGGCGCUGCACGCCGUCUGCAGGGACGGCGGCCGCAACGACCUGGUCGUGUUUGAGGGCGACCUCUGCAUCCGCGUGGCAUCUGGAGGUUGA